UUUCUCUCUAUUUUUUUCUCGGGAAAGUGUGGUCAGAAAAUCACACACAGCGAAAUAGAGAGAGAAAGACACCGCAAGAAAUGGUAGAUGGCGGCGAAUUCGCCGGCACCAUUUGCUCGAUCUGCUACGAAGGUCUCAAACCCGUCACCGAAGAUCUCCAAUCCAUCUCCAUCUGCGGCCAUGUCUUCCACGAGCUCUGCUUGCAGCAAUGGUUCGAGUACUGUUCGAAAUCGAAGAAGCAAACCUGCCCUGUGUGCAAGCAGAGUUGCAAGGGCAACGACGCGUGCCGGCUUUAUUUUCAGUCCGUUGGAGACGCGAGCGACGCUGUUCCCACUCAGAAGUGUGUUGAUUUUGAGGAAGAUGCUGGUGUUCUGCGAAGGGAAGUGAAGAGGUUCGAGGCCAAAGUUUCGGGGCUUAGUUCGGUUGUGGAACGCCAAAAAAAGGAGUUACAAGAACUUAACGAAGAGUUGUGUGUUUGCAAGGAGAAGGCAAAGAUAGAAUCAGCAUUUAAGAAUGAGGCUAUAAGGCAAAAAUCAUCUAUACAUUCCCAGCUUAAUAUCAAACUAGAGGAGCUUAGCAAGUCAACUUCAGAAUGCUCUAAAUUACGGGACAUAAAUAUGGCUUUGGCUAAAGAAGUUGCAGCAUUAAAAUUAGUGGCUGAUGUGGACCUUGAUGAAGAUGAGAUUUUGAAGCUUGCCACCUUAGGUAAUGGGGCUAACAGUAAAGACACGAUAGACACAUUGAAAAGAUCUCUUGUCCUGCGGAACAGGAGUUACAAAGAAUUAAUGGCCAAGUGCAAUGUUCUAGGAAGAGGUGAGGCUCGAUAUAGUAAAAAGCAUGAGAAGGCUAAAGAGAAGAUCAUUAAAUUGAAGGCUAGGGUACACGAACUGGAGAGAGCAGCUGAAGUAAAAGAGAAUGAAUAUUUGAUGUCUCUGAAAGUUUCAAAGAAAACCAAGUCUUCAAAGAAGGGUUAUGAGAAUAGCACCAAUUCUGAUUCUGAUGUAUUCACAGCUGGCAAAUUUUCUUUAGAUGAGCAGAGCAAACAAAUUUCGACGCCCAAAUCUGGAAUUGAUCUGACUGCGAAGAGUGGCAGUAAUUAUUUACAAUCUUUGAAGAUACAGAACUCCAAUUCUACUAAAAAUGAAGCUGUGAAUAUUAGUAAUGGAAGUAAAACUACCUUGUCAAUGGAUGAAGACAUAGAUUGUAUCCUUAUUGAUGAUGAUGCUACUGAAUGUACUUUUAGCAAGCCGCUUGCGAAGCCAGAAGCAGCACCUGGCAUAGUGACUGAAACAUCAUUGCAACGAAAAUGCAACUUGGUUGAGUCUUCAAGGGUUGAUAUUGGACUGGAUGACAUUUCUACUGGCAAUAUGGAUGAAGAUGUUACGUUACAAGCUAAUGUUAAACAAGCUCAACCUGUGGUUAACAUUAGAAAGGAGUCAACAUUAACACCUUCAAGUUCAGCCUCAGGGGACAUCUGCUUUUCUGGUGGGUUGAUUGGUCCUGAUGGUACUCAUCGAUACUUGGGUAAAUGGUGCAAGCGUGGACAAAAUAGUGAAUCAACAUCUGCAAAAGGAUCAAGUAAUGGGGAUUUAAUAUCGGUUGGAGCUGAUGGUAGAGGUGGCAGAAUAAAAGUUCUAAGGACUCAAGGCCAAAGCUUCCCGGAUGGAAUGGAAAAUUCUACAAGUUCAAAAAGGUUGAAGUUAGGACCUAAAACAACUAGUUUGCAGUCCAGGGGGUGCCUGCAGAUAGAACACUUCUUUGGGAGGGUAAGUCAGUGAUUAAUUGGCCAAUGUCUUGGUCUGGUUGUGAUGUCCUUGUUGCAAAGAGCCAAGGAAUGCAUCCAAUGUCAAGAACCAAAGCUAUGAAAGAUUAAAGGAAUACAAUUUUUGGAAAGUUCUCAUCACUUUGAAAUUUGAAUGCAAUGCUUUGGAGGAUUUUUGGCCAAAAGUGUACCAAAAUCGUGUAAUUGAUUCUUCGCUUCAGGAUCUAACCAAAUAGCAAAGUGGUCCUUUCCUUUCAGUUUACUUCAAAUCAGGUUCUAUAUCUAACCAAGUUUUGCUUACUUGUAAAUCAGCACCAUUUAAAGUAGCUUAGAUCUGGUUAGACAAACACAAAGUUCUUGACCAUUUUCUAUUGUGAAGCUAGGCUGACCUCAAAAGAUUCUUAAUGGACUGCUUUUUUGAAUUUA